UUUCCCGGUCAUUCAGCAGCUUGCCUGAGGACCCCGGCAAGCGUAACCAUGGAUAACAACACACAGGUCACCUUCAGGGAGAAGCAGGGUUUUGACAGGCUGCUGGAGUUCCUCUGCAACAAGUUGUUCAGUGAUCUGCAUGUAGCAGCUCUCCAGGUGGUCUCUAUCUGGUUGGAGGACAGAGACCGUCUCCAGCUGAUCCAUGAGACUGGAGGUCUCCAGAGGUUACUGCAGUUCAUCACCACUCCCAACCUGCUGGACAUUCAGACACACGUUGUCAAGGCCAUCUCCAGGGUGCAGUCUCCAGGGUGCCACUGCAGUCUGUGGACACACACACCCUUGUCAGAGCCAUGCAGGCCCUCGCGGCUUGCCUGCGAUGCUGAGGAACAGGCAGACAUGAGUGUGUCUUUGUCCGUAGUGUGGGUUUCAAAUCUGGGUCAAAUAACUCAAGAAUUUGAUGUUUCCCGGUAUGAUGGAACCAAUGAAAUAUUCCCAAAAGUACAAACUCCCUCCUCUCAUUCCAUCUCCUGAUUUGCUGAGAAAUGCGGAAGGCCUUGUCCCAUUGGUCAAACUGCUUACGGUCCAAUCACAGGAGAUACGCCGCAAUGCAUGCUGGGCUAUCAGCGUGUGCACCAACAAUACCGUGGAAAUGUGCAU